AUGACUGAUUGUAACGCACCACCGCAACUGUGGUUAGCUGAACCACACAAUUUGACAUCGUUCAUUCUGAGUUUGAUUGCAUUGCAUUUACCGAAUUGGAAAUACAUACAUCUUCGUUCGACGUUCAAACCUGCCGUCCUCGCCGAAGAUCAGCCGAUGGAUCCGUUAAUUCGUGGUGAAGUUGACAAGUAUAUUGAAAUACUUUAUCGACGAGGUGACACUCAUUCAUUUGGUUUAGUCACUCACUGUAUUGUCGAUGGUGAGUGCGGACAAAAUUACCUCCCAACAUUUCCCGAGAAGAACUACGGCUUAUGUCAUCAUAUCAAUUAUCAUCGUCAAUGUAUCUUUUCCAAUCUUUUCAUAUUGAAUAAUAAUACGAAAUGUACAUGUCAAGCACCGUCCUACGCGAAAAUCAUUCAUACAUUCUUAAUAUUAUUAAUCAGUUUAGAAUUAUUCUUUAUUUUUAUUACUAGUCUGCGUCUGACCCGGCAACAUUGCCAUACGUUCUGUUUAAAUGAUAGUUUACUUCGCCUCUUCUCACUUUUGUCAUUAUUAUCGUCGAUUAUUUUUCUUAUUAUCAUACUCGUACAAUACAACAGCAAUCGACUGCUUGAACCGUUGGAGUUCUUUGAUUCCAUGCGACAACAUUAUUCUCGGAUACAAAUCUACACAUUCACGAAAGACCUCGACCUAAUUAUUCAACAGAUUGAGAAUUCCUUAGAUAUACACAUUGGUGCAUCGUAUGUUUGUAUAUUAAUAGUAUUAGUAUUGAUUAUUCUCUCGCUUUUCACCUCUGUUACUGUUGAAAUGAAGAUUUCUUCGACUUCAUCAUCGUUAACCAUUAAUGAUGAAGAGGAAAAACGGCCAAAUCUGAUUUUAAUACAACCAACACCAGCGGAACGGUUUGUUCCAUCUGAACAAAUACGAUUUGUUCGACAAACAAAAGUUUAA